AUGAUCGCGGUGAAGGUGGCGGGGGCAAGUGAUGUGUUGGUUGUAAAAGCAGCUAUAACAGUUUGCAGUUUGAUUAUUGCUGGAUUUUUAUUCUAUUUAUUCUAUAGAUUUUCCUUAGCUCGACACCAUAAGAAGAAUAAAUACGAGUCUAGUUUUCAUAAGGAAGAUGCACCAGCAUUUCCUUGCACAGAAUUCAUACAACAAGGUGGAGCUAUCAAAGGAGUUAUAGUAGAUGAAGGUGGAUUAGAUGAUUUGAAUUUAAGAAAAGUCGAAGGGGGAGAUUUUCUGAUCAUUCUUUCUAAGGUGGAAGAGCCUGGGCAUCGGGGUUUACGGUGUGGCCAGAGGUGCGGCACUGAUUUGUUAGCCGACAUGGGUGAGAAGAUGAGUGUAGUCGUCACUAUGUGA